AUGUCCGAUACAAUUGACGACGCUGAUCUCAUUAGUUUGGAUGAAGAAAGAUCACUCAACAAGGAUGCAAUUGAUUUAAGUAGUGAUGAUGCCAUAAGUUCUAAUUCAAGUACGGAUAUUGAUUCAUCGGAGCCUAGUAAAAAUGUCGACAAGAUUCUUGAAGAAGUGCCAUCAUAUUAUAAAGCGAAAGUUGAAUCAUAUCACACAUGGGAAAUCGAAGAUAUUACUCAACUUGUUGGGGAUGAGAAGGUUUUCGGUCCGAAAUUCAAGGUUGGAGACGAUUUUGUUUUCAAUCCUUUAAUAACCACCGGAAGAAGGGAUAAUUAUCUAACAUUUUCUGUUUAUCUAGCAGGUGCUCCCGUCGAUUCAAAAGUGUCAGCUUCUGGUGAUUGGCAUUGUUGUGCUCAAUUUGCCUUAGAUAUAUGGAACCCGGAUGAUCCAUCCGAAAACAAGAGAAACUCAACACAUUUUCGUUAUAAUCCGAGAGUUGGCGAUUGGGGCUUUAUAAAUCUACUUGACGGAAGAUUGAGGCUGGACUCCGAGCUCAUAAAUCACAAACGGCUCAAUAUAACAUCUUACGUGAGGAUAAUUGACGAUUUCACAGGCGUUUUAUGGCAUGACUUUAUUGAUUAUGAUUCAAAGAAGUCUACUGGCUAUGUCGGAAUCAAUAAUCAAGGUGCAACAUGCUAUUUGAAUUCCCUACUUCAAUCAUACUACUUUACAAAAAAAUUUAGAAAGAAGGUUUAUCAAAUCCCUACACAGGACGAAAUAAAGUUUAAUUUAGAUUCUUUUAGGGAAUACCUUGAACAGCCAAAAAGUGUUUCGCUAGCCCUUCAGCGUAUAUUCUACAAUCUACAAACAUCUGACAAGCCUAUAGAUACGAUGGAGCUAACCGAUUCAUUUGGAUGGACCAGUGCAGAUGCGUUUACGCAACAUGAUGUCCAGGAGAUGAAUCGUAUAUUAAUGGACAAAUUGGAAUCUCGAAUGAAGCACACGGACAUUGAAGGUUGUCUUAAUGAUAUAUUUGUUGGAAAGAUGAAGAGUUUUAUUCGGUGUGUCAACGUAGAUUACGAAAGUAGUCGGACCGAAGAUUUCUGGGAUAUCCAAUUAAAUGUUAAGGGUUUGAAAAAUAUAAAGCAAUCCUUUGAGAAUUACAUUGAAAUGGAGCUGUUGGACGGUGAAAACAAAUAUGAUGCUGCUGGCUACGGAUUACAAGCUGCUCAGAAAGGUGUUGUGUUUGAAAACUUCCCUCCGGUUCUGCAUUUGCAAUUGAAGAGAUUCGAGUACAAUUUUGAAUAUGAUCAGUUGAUGAAAGUCAAUGAUAGAUAUGAAUUUUUUAAUUCGAUCGACUUGAAACCCUAUAUGGACAAAAAUGCCGAGCAUUACAACGAGGAUUGGGAAUAUGAACUCCAUUGCGUUUUAGUUCAUCAAGGUGAUGUUUCCAUGGGCCAUUACUAUGCAAUGAUCAAACCAAACGAAGAGGAUAAGUGGUUUAGGUUUGACGACGAUAAAGUCUGGAGGGUUACUCCAGAUGAAGUUUUCGAGGGUAGUUUUGGAGCUGAUGAAGAUCCUGAUACGCUGAAAGGUAUGACCAGAGAUGAACAGCAGGAUUUUCAAUUGAGAAAGCACACUUCAGCAUACAUGCUUGUUUAUAUAAGGAAGAGUAAGGUGGCUGAGAUUCUUUCUGAAGUCGAACACAAAGAUAUUCCUGAGCAUAUUCCAAAGCAGAUCAAAUAUGAAAGGGAACAGCUGGCCAAAAUUGAAAAGGAGCAAGAAGAGAUGCAUCUGUACGCAAACUUCAAGGUUUUCUACCAUAAAGCUUUUACGAAAUACCAAGGUUUUGACCUUGGACCAGAUGACGAGGACCAACAAAAUUAUUGUGAGGACUUGUAUGAUGAAGAGUCGUACCCCCUUUCAUUUAGACUUCUUAAGACUGAUAGCUUCUCAAAAGUUUUUGAUACAGUUAUUGCAAAACUUAACUUAACAGUUGAUCCAAAGUUCUUACGGUUCUGGAUCAAUUUUCGUCGGAAGAACUAUGCACUCCGUCCUGGCAAAUCGAUAUACUUUAAUUAUAACGAUGCAGUAUCACAGAGGGUUACCAUUGAGUCUAUAAUUGAGGAUUAUCAGAUUCCUAAAAACAGCCACCACAACUCAGGCUUGGAGGAAAGCGUGCACAUAUCAUUAUACUUGGAGGACGCUUCGGUAGACCUUGGAUUUGUUUCUAACUCCAUAUAUGAUAUGAAAAAAAAUGGAAAGCUUUCAAGUAAAGAAUUCAACGAGAAUAUUACUGAAAACUAUGAAAAGAUGUCGCAAAUGGCUCUUCAACAUUAUAAUCCGAAGUUGGAACUAACGUCUGAAAAUGAAUAUGAAAUUAUUGAUGAUAACUCUGAACAUUUGGAACAUGAACAUGAUCAGGAGAACUGCUCGAAGUAUUUAAUUUUCCUUAAAUUCUUUGACUUGCCAAAACAAAAAAUUUAUGGGUUAUGCCAUGUUAUGGCCAAAAUGGACAAACCAGUUCAGUCCCUAACGCCAUUUAUAAAUAAUAUUAUGAAUUUCCCAAUGAACACGCAACUAGAAUAUUAUGAGGAGUUGGGAUCCGAUCAGAUAGUGCAUAUUCAGUCAGGCAGUACGUUUUACAAGUCUGAACUUGAUAAUGGAGAUAUAAUCUGCUUUACGAAAGCUUCAUGGGGUGACAUUAAAUCGGAAGCGGAAUACCUUACUGUUCCGGACAUGUACAGCUAUUUGGCAAACAGAGUACACUUUAAAGUUUCUUCUCUACAAAAAGUGGAUGAAGAUGAGGAAGAUUAUAUUGUUCACAGAAGCGAGGAGAACAAGGAAGUUGAGCAUGCAUCAAAAUCAUUUGAGAUGUGGUUCUCGACGGCAUUAGGCUAUAAGGCGUUUGCAAAGAAGAUUGGUGAACGCUUAGAAUUGGAUCCAGAAUACCUAAGAUUAUUCAUAGUGGGUCGGCCAAACCAAACAUUCCCAUUAAAGAGCACCACACCUUUAAAGCGUCUACUUGCAAGAAUUCCUAAAUCACAGACAUUAGAUAUAUGCUAUGAGGUUUUGAGUGUUACACUUUCUGAUUUCGAACAUAUGAUACUGUGCACAGUGUUCUGGGUUGGACAAGGAAUUUGUAGAGAGCAGAAGCAUGAAUUUUUCCUUCCGAAAUUUAGUACGGUGAUCGACUUGAUUGAUAGACUUCAAAGUAAGGUUCAUUUCAAGCCGGAGGAGGAGGAUUCUUUGGUUGUCUGGACAAUGGACCGGAAGCAUCGUCUCAAAUCAAUUUGCGAAUCGGAUAUGAAGAUUGAAGAAUCACCUGAAUUCAUUGUUGGAUAUUAUCCUACGUAUCGUGAAGUUCUUCGUACAAAGCCAAAAAACAUCAAGCUAAUUCCAGGAUUUCAAUUCUUUGGUCAGAUUCAAAAUUCUCACAGUUUACCUUUCAUAUUCGAUUUAGUUCAAGGAGAGAAACUGGAAGAUACGAAGGUUCGGAUUCAUAAACUUUUGGGAAUAUCGGAGAAGGAGUUUGAAAAUGUCCGUAUUGCGGUGACUGAUCUAAAUGCUGUCGAUUAUAUGGAUUCUUCGGAAAGAGAUUCGGUUGAGCUUUUCAAGUUGGCUGAAAAUACACCGUUCUAUCUUGCUAUAGAACACCCUGACAGAAACCUUAGAAGAGCUUCUGCUUACGAACCUUCACUUUAUAUUAAGGGUUAA